UCGUGGUUCUGGCAGCCAGCUUCUCACGGCCCUCCGACCGUCGGUAGGUGCGAUGGCCCGGACAACUUUGUCCAUCCGAUCACGCCAGCCGCACGAUCCAGACAACCAACUCAGUUAACGGCUCAGAUCCCCCAUCAAUCACCAACCAAGACGCCGAGAACCCCACCAGGACUCCCUUAGUCUGACAGACCACCAACGGCUAUGAUCUCAUUUCCGCGUAAAGAUUUUAUGCGUCGGAAUGGAAGAAAGGACCACCACCUCCCUCCCCAUUGUUUGCGGGUGCGGCAGGUGGUAGAGCCAUCGUGGCCGCCGGUCGCGGGUCCACUCCAGUCCAUGGUCAAUCCAUGCUACCAACCCUCUCCACACUUUAUUUUAUACCCAUUCCUCUCCGCGUCCAUUUAAUAAUCCCCAUUUCAUAACCCCACCACCUUCCCCUCCGCUUCCCCUCCCAUCGCUAUAUUACCACCGCCCUCUUCUCACUGAAGUAGAGACAAGAGAAUUGAACCAAAUCUUUUCCUUUCUCUCUAAACGAUUGAUUGCGAUGGGCCCCUAUCCGCCUACGGAGGCGACCAUCUUCCGGUCGAAGCUUCCCGACAUCGAGAUCCCCGACCACCUCCCCCUCCACGCCUACUGCUUCCAGCACCUCGCCGCCCACCGUGACCGCCCCUGCCUCAUCGACUCCGCCAGCGGCAAGACUCUGACAUACGCCGAUGUCGACCUCCUCUCCCGCCGCGCCGCCGCAGGCCUCCACGGCCUCGGCCUCCGCCGCGGGGAAGUCCUCAUGCUCCUCCUACCCAACUGCCAGGCUUUCGCCCUCGCCUUCCUCGCCGCCUCCCGCCUCGGCGCCAUCGUCACCACCGCCAACCCCUUCCACACCAAGGCCGAGGUCGCCAAGCAGGCGGCCGCAUCCGCCUCCCGCGUCGUCCUCACCGAGUCCUGCCACGUCCCCAAGGUCGUCGACCUCAAUAUUCCCAUCAUCUGCGUCGACGGCCCCCUCCCCGAUGGCUGCAUCCCCUUCUCCGACGUUCUCUCCGCCGACGAGGCGGGGGCGCCGGAGGUGGAGAUCGACCCCGACGCCGUGGUGGCCCUCCCCUACUCCUCCGGCACCACCGGGCUCCCCAAAGGAGUCAUGCUCACACACCGAGGUCUGGUGACCAGCGUGGCCCAGCAGGUGGACGGCGACAACCCCAAUCUCUACUUCCAUGAAGAAGACGUCGUUCUCUGCGUGCUGCCGCUCUUCCACAUAUACUCCUUGAACUCCAUACUGCUGUGCGGGCUGAGGGCGGGGGCGGCGCUGCUGAUAAUGAGGAGGUUCGACGUGGCGGUGAUGAUGGAGCUGGUGGAGAGGUACAAGGUGACGAUUGCGCCGUUCGUGCCACCGAUAGUGGUGGAAAUGGUGAAGAGCCCGGCGGUGGACCGCUACGAUCUGUCCUCGAUCCGGACGGUGAUGUCCGGGGCGGCGCCCAUGGGGAAGGAGCUGCAGGACAAGCUCAUGGCCAAGAUACCGAACGCCAAGCUCGGGCAGGGCUAUGGAAUGACCGAAGCUGGGCCAGUUCUCUCCAUGUGUCUAGCAUUCGCAAGGGAGCCGUUUGAUGUGAAAUCAGGAUCAUGUGGCACCGUUGUGAGGAACGCUGAGCUCAAGAUAGUGGACCCUGAGACUGGACUAUCACUGCCUCGGAACCAGCCUGGUGAGAUCUGCAUCAGGGGAAAGCAAAUUAUGAAAGGUUAUCUGAAUGAUCCAGAGGCAACGGAACGGACCAUAGACAGAGAAUGUUGGCUCCAUACUGGAGAUAUUGGCUACGUGGAUGAUGACGACGAGAUCUUCAUAGUGGAUAGGCUGAAAGAGCUCAUCAAAUACAAAGGGUUCCAAGUGGCCCCUGCUGAGCUCGAAGCCAUGCUCAUCGCCCACCCCAACAUAGCCGAUGCUGCCGUUGUCUCGAUGAAGGAUGAUCUUUGUGGGGAGCUCCCGGUGGCAUUUGUCGUGCGAUCAAGUGGCUCAGAAAUCACAGAAGACGAGAUCAAACAAUACAUCUCGAAACAGGUGGUGUUCUACAAGAGGAUACACAGGGUAUUCUUCGUCGAGGCCAUUCCCAAGGCGGCAUCUGGCAAGAUAUUGAGGAAGGACCUCCGAGCCAAGCUAGCAGCCGGGGAUCCCCAUCCAUGAUCCCUCUCCGUUCGUAUACGUCUAUAUUACUUUAGCGGGCCCCACCGUGAAUGUGCAUCCAUACAUGUUAUGACUUGCCUUUGCCUAUGUGUUGUGCCACAGCUGUUUAUACAACCAUUUGUUUGUUGUGUCCGGCGUUCAUAAUUUGAUGUAACAGUGCAAUAAUUUGUGAAACGGAGAUUUUUUUUUUAUUAUUUUUUUAUUUUUAGAGAAAGUGGAUGAGACCAUCCAAAUUUUAUUAAAUAUGAGAAAUAAAUAUAUUCCUAUAUUAUUUAUUU